AAGAGUUGAAUAAACAACUUGAUCAUACAGUUGGAGCAAAAUUCAUGUUGUGAUAGUUAGAAAUAAUAUUAGAUGUGUAGGCUAAUGUUAAAAUUAUGGCUACUUCCAGGGUAAGACAAAAAAUCUUUUGUAGUGGAAAUCAAGCCAAGGUUCUGGUUCCGAACCUGAAAUUCAAUCAUUGCGAACCGAACAGCGACCUGGUAACAAAUGGUGGUAAUUUGAGAGCUGGCACCGCCAGAGCUUACCACUCGUCACUCCAUGCUUCCAAGAGCGACCAGUUUCUAGCUCUGAAUGCUGCAGAAAACAUCGUCUUCAGAGAAAACCAUCUGGAAGAUAAAAGUGUUUCCAAAAGUUUGAAAAGCAUAACCGGACAGCUAGGUGCUCAGGUACUCCGAAAGGCUUACAAACUCUCCAACAAUUUAGUCGAGUGGGCCAACAAGUUGAACAAUCCUGUAGACAAACCUACCAGAUUGUUUAGAAGGUGUAGGAGCUGUGAUCCCAGGCACUUGAAGUCUGCAAAGGUUGAAGCCACCAACGCCUCAGGUUCCAACAGACUCCCCAGUCGUAGGUUUGGGUCAGCUGUUGAAGCCAUCAAGUCUCCAUUGAGAGAUAACUUGAAUUCUGGUUUUUAUCGCGUUCUUUCCACUCAGUCACAUCGAGGAUACUCGAAACUUCAAGGUACUGCUGUUUCACAAGAGGAUUCUGCUAAAGAUAGAAACAAAAAAGAUCAGAUCAAUCAUGUUCAUUUUAAUGGAGCAGACAAAUCUAUCCCACAUUCUGAUGAUGAAUGUAUGUUGGAAACUGAGCAUGCAAGAACCUUCAAAGAGCAAAAUACUAAACAGAAAUGUUACCCCUUGUCUAGAAACUUUUCUUUCGCAUUUUUUCAACCACCCUCCACCGCCCACUUCUUCACAACACUCUCCCCAUGUCAACUGGAUACAGGAUUCAACGAAAGUCCGGCGACCUUGUUUGCUCCGCAAUAUUUAUCGAUAGAACAGAGCCUUAUCGGACGAAUCAACGAGUCUAGAGAAACCACGAAAGCAGUCGGAAAUGCACUGGUCAAUAAAGCUAGAGGAAUUCAUGAGAAGGUCUUCAAGAUUGCACUUCUCUCCAGCUACCAGGAUAUUGAACAAACUAGAACCGUCAAUGAAAAGUUCUUGAAUAAAUUGAUUUGCAGCUGUAAAACUUUCCUGGGACCUUCGCUAUCAACUGAUGGGAGGGAGCUAGCUGCCUCUAAAAGUCUAUUUUCCAAAGAAAUUAUUCAUGGAGACAGCAAUCUGGUUGGCGUUAAAUCUUCAAACGCUAUUUUCCAAAAUGAGGAAGAAACUGACGAGAGAAACUUUGAUGGUGUUGUUACCAUAGAAGGAAAAGUAUUUGAUACAAACGAUGAAACUUUGAACAAACUACUACUUCUUGUCAAGCAAACAAAAAUUGCUCAGGAAAAUCAUUUGGAAGCCCCCAUACUUGAUCAAAUUCUAUCACCAUCCAUGUUAAAGAGACGAGUCGAGGAGAAAAUUGAUUUGCUCUCUUCGUCAGUGCAAGACUCAUCAUCUGAUAUGAAGCGUAAUCCUGUAUCUUACAUGAAUUACUCAUCCAAUGAUGAUUUGAAAUUCUGCGGAGACUUUUUUUCAGAAGAUGUGACUGGCGACGUUGAAUUUGAAAACCUGAAAGUUAGACCACCAGUUAGUGAGAGAUCGGUUUAUAGAGUGCUGAAAGCUUUCAAGGACAUAGUUAAAGAGGAUUCAAACAGUUUGAUAAGCUCUCAUUAUUUACAAAACCAUGCUGCUGCAAACUCGGUUGAUGUUAAGGAAUCAAUUAAUCCAUCUGAAGCCAGUCACAGCCCUGAAAUUAUCACAGAAUCAUGUAAAUUGAAUGAAAAACAGAUUGGAAUUGCUGAGAAAUUUAUCGACCGAUUCACAACUUCAACUGAUUUCAUAAAAUUCGGAGAACAUAUCGGUAGAAGCUAUCCAACAUUUUUCCAAAGCAUUCCACAGAGAAAUUCGGAAAUUAUGUUACAGUGCAACUCCAUGCGACUGCAUUCAUUCAUAGCCAAUUACAAUCCAAACAUCAGAAGGGCGUCAAACCUUGCUAAUAACUCGGAUAUACAAUUUCAAAGCAACGGUCUCACAAAAAAUCAUCAAAUCUUAUUUCAACCAACACGAAACAAGUUGAUGGGAAUUGCUGAGGGUUCCAGAGUUGGGAAGAAGUGGAACCGGAACAAGAAAAUCACCUCUCAAGUGCUGAUGAAAAUUUUGAAUGAGAAUUUGAAUUUGAAAACAAAAACUAAUGAAUUUUCAGAGAAUAUCAAUUUGUAUAAUUUGUAUGAGAAUCGAUUUGACAAGUUAAGGGAGGUGAUCGUAUCUCGUGAAUCAUCGACUUAUAAGAGUUUGCUCGCUGGAAGCAGCAGUUUGAAGGUAUUUUCUGAAGCUAAUAAGAAAAUAGAACCAGUCAAACCGUCUAAGAAAACAACCAACCCUAAAACCUCUUUGAAUCUCAAUAGAGUUGUCUUCAAGCCAAGAACUGUAGGCGCAGUGAUAAGUUCAUUGGAUUCAAACAGUGCUCAGUUCAAUCCAAAUAAGAAUCUGAAUAUGAACAAUAUUGUUAGCUCUGACAAUAAUUCUGAUUAUUUAAAAGCAGUAAGCAAAGAGAAUGAAAUCUCUAGAAUAAACAAACUCAACAAACUCAGUAAGAAAUUGGCGAGUUCAACGAAAAAUCAAGUCAGAUAUUCAUGGAGAAGUAGUAAUGCGACUCCAAGUAGUUUCACUGUUUCAGAGAACACUUCAAACGCGAGUAAAUUGAACAAUGUGGAUGAAAAAUUGAAUUCACGUCAUCUUCCUUUAAAAUCGAAUAAUCUGAAAAUAUUCAAGUCUGACAAGAAGAGUACGUUUGAAGGUUUAGAUGGUAGAGAGAAUUUUCACGGAAGGAGACAAUUUGGAAUUUUUAAUUCAGUCAAUUCCAAUAGAUAUCUCAACGAUACACCAAAAGCGAAGCCCUUCUCUUUUAAUAGUUCACUUCUUAAAAAUAACUCCCAUGAUGAUUCGAUUACUGAUGCAAGUAAUCAUGGGGUUUCUCGAAUUGAUAAGAGUGGGAGUUCUGAGUUCUCAACACAGCCAUCUGGUUCUGAGAAUAGUCACAAGAGUUUGAUUACUGAAACGAAAAUGAGAGUAAAAGGAAGCAACCUAUUAAACGUCGAUUUUAGCGGAGAGCGGAAGAUUGCUUUUGACGAUAAAGAACAAAUUGAAAGUUUCAAAUUUAUGAAAACAGACAAGCAAAGUGAUGGUGUCACCAAACUGAACAGUUAUGCUAGAAAGUUGCGACAUUCAAUUAAAUAUGGCUCAGUUUUCUCAGAUCUCGAUAAAAGCUCGGCUGAAAUGAAACCGGCUAAUAGUCUAGUGGCUGCGAUGAAUCUUCGUGGAACUGAAAAGAAGGCCGCCAAGAAAAGAUCGCUGAUUGAAAAACAAGGAUCGAAUCCAUUCAGAAUCCCUGUUGAAAUUAAAGACACCAGAGAUUUAGUCUUGCAGCGGGAUCAAGUUGAAAAUAUCAAAGAAAGAUUGAUUUCUGACAGGAGCAAAAUGUCGGACUUGUAUAAGGAGCCAACUCAACAUGGUCUCAAUCUAUUAGAUAGAGAGUUUGUUCUGGCUAAAACUGAAGAGACUGAAACAAAUAAUGGAGGAGCCAGAUAUUUUGCAAACUUUUUCAAGAAAGAUGGUUCUCGUGGGAGUGCUUCUGGAUCCGAUAAGAAACCAUCCAACAAAAACAAAAAGAACGAUUCAACUGAUACAAAAGUGAAAACUAUUGAGAGAAAACUGACAUCAAAUAAUUUGGGAAAAUAUGGAUCCUCCAAGUCAAGUUUUGGAGGUGAUGAGAACGGUGACUACAAGAGUGACAAUAUAUUAUGAAUAAAAAGAAUACAUCUAGUGGAAGUCUAAGAGGUCCCAACAGGCUCUCCUCCAUAGACCUUAUGAGAUCUGUGAAGACUGACAAACCUUCCAAAUCGGUAUCUGCUGAAUUUCUGGUGAGACCAUAUCCAAAUAGUUAUUUGAAAAAAGAAAGCAAUCUUCCUAGAUUAUCAAUUGAAAAGCCAAAGGUGAAUUUCGAAAAUUUCAAUCAAAAUAGUGGAUUUGAUAAUGAUAAGGAUAGAAAAAUCAGCAAUGAAGUUCGAGAAAAAGAGGUGAAAAAUUCAUCAAGUUUAUUUAGUUCUAGGGAUACAAACAAUACUGGAUUUGAUAAAGAUAGGAAUAGGGGAAUUGACAAUAAAUUUCGAGAAAAACAGGUGGAAAAUACAUCAAGUUUAUUCAGUUCUAGGGAUACAAACAAUCUAAUUGAGGCGUUUAAUCGUGACAAAACUGUAUUUAACGCCGGAGAAAAAAGGGUCUCUCCGUAUUAAAAGCUGGAGAGACUAGGUCGAAGAACGAGAACAUUACCGUAGAAAACAAGCUGAAAGAAGAGUCAAUUUCAAAAGUUGAAGAAAAUCAGAAAUCUUCUCAAAUAGAUUCGCGUGGACGAUCAAACUCAAUCGAGUCUUUCAUGAGGAGUGAAAGUAAGUGUAAUCAGGGUUACACUUAUUUGAAACAAGAGUAUAAUGAAGACCUGAAGUAUAAUAAUAACAAAAAAUUCUUCACUGAAAAGGCAAGUGUUGCUCUACUUCCCGACAGCAAAACUGAAUCAUUGAACGACAGAGUUGAAAUGGAAAAGAAAAUUGAUGUGGAAGAGAAAGAAACUAUCAGACAAUCAAAUAUACUCAGUGAUUUAUGGCGAAGAGAUGAUAGCAAGAAAAUCAUGUCGCUUCAAAAAGGUGGCUCAAAAAGCUCAGAAAGAGUUCAAAGUAAUCCUGGUAAGAAUAUAGGAGCUUUUGGUAAAUCAUCAUUUUUCAAAAGUAAUGAUGGAAGCAAGGAUAAAAGUUUCAGUCCUCAGAGGCCAGCUUUUCUGGACUCAAAACCAGCCGAGAGAUUUGUGUUUCAGCCAAAUGUGCAGAACAGAGAGUCAAGCCCUGAUAAUACUUCGAGAAAUGAGAAGAUCAGUGCAUCAAAUCAUGAGAAGAAAACUGAAAAAUUUUCUAAGCAGAGAGAAGCUAAAUCCGACAAACCACACUUGGUUAACUCUUCAAGACCAGGUUCCUCACCUGAACAUAUCAAUUCGCUCUACAGAAGCAUUCUGACAAAAGACAGGAAAGAUGGAGAGAUGAGAGGGUUGGAAGCACGUGGCCUUGAAUACAGUAGAAAGAAACAGACAGC